UACGGCAAGCUGCGACGGGUUGACUCGGACGCGGGGGAUACGAUAUCUGCCAGUGAGCUCGGAGCCACGCGCGACGACUCGCGCGAUGCGUCUUUUGUUCGUUAUCAGGCAUAUUUUGAUGUCGAUGAACACGCACGUCGCAAGCCCGUCGAACUCGAAUCCGGCACAUUCUAUGGCCAGCUCAGGUGUCUCUACCUCGUCAAGUUCCCGAGCGAUGCUGCCGCCGCUGCGGUCGGGGUUGAUAGCGGCAACGAGGUCGUCAUUGCCGCAAUACGCCGCUGUAAGGUUGAGACAGCUCAUGCACGACUCGACAUACAGUACUACAAGCGGGAGGGCGAGCUUGACUUCGUUGAUGUCAAGACCGUGCAAGCGUUGGUAGGACGUAUCUACGACAUCGACCGCUGGGCCAUCAUCGACCGCAGUGGAGAUCUCGCGCGUGCUGUAUUCGCAGAGGAGGUUCCGACCUAA